AUGAGGUUCUCAGCACGGCUAGAGGCCUCAUCCCUGUCACAGAUUAAGGCUUGCGAGGAGCCCUACUUCACCCUCGGGAGGCUGCAGAGGAUCUCGAAACAAGUCCUUGUGGCUUUAGAGUACAUCCACCAGCUUUACUUGAUCCAUGCAGACCUGAAGCCUGAGAACAUUCUCAUCAAGAGCUACUCCCGCUGCGAGGUGAAGGUCAUCGAUUUCGGCUCCUCCUGCUUCGUGGACGAUCAGCUGACGAACUACGUGCAGUCGCGCUCGUACAGGGCCCCUGAAGUGAUCUUGGGCCUUUCUUAUGACCAGAAGAUCGACAUCUGGUCUUUGGGAUGCAUCGUCGCAGAGCUCUGGGCAGGUUUCGUUCUCUUCCAGAACGACUCCGUCCAGAGCCUCCUGGCCCGGAUCAUGGGCAUCCUCGGGCCGCUGCCUGCGCACAUGCUGGCCACCGGCCGCUCCGUGCCGCAAUACUUCACACAGGAUGGCCGCCUCUACCGAGAGUCGCAGCCACUUCCUUCGUCGGCAUCCACACCGCCCGGGCACUCGGGGACCUUGUGGACUCUGGAAGUGAGAAGCUCUUAG